AUGGGCGGUCGCGGCCGAGCCGAAAGCCGAGGGAGCCCUGCCUCGGGCGCCUCGGCCGUCGGGGGCGCAGGACCCACCUACGGCACUCGCCUUCCGCCGGGCACCGCCGCGAUCCCAUCGCUUCCCGCCGACACAGGGCAGCGGGAAUCCACCCGCCCCCUCCCUCCCUCUCUCCGCCGGCCCUCCAGGAGGCCCGGCUCCCGCUCCCCCGCGGGGAAAGGGGCAGCCGGAUGCCCUGGCGGGGGAAUCUCCUCGGGGCGGGGCCGGCCGCCGCUCCCUCCCGCCGGGCGCGGCCCCCGCGCCGCUCCCGCUUCCCGGCGGGCCCCCACGGGCGGCACGCGCGGCCGGUGGAUGCCGCCGGGUGACGUGCAGGGCGCGCGGUGGCAGCACCUCCCCGCGCGCCGCUUAAAAAGAAGAAGAAAAGAGGGAGCGAAACAUGAGAGCCCGGACGAGCCGCAGCCGCCGCCGCCGCCGGCAGCAGCAGCAGCAGCAGCGGAGGGGGCAUCGCCCGGCCCGGCCGCCGCCGCAGUCCCGCCGCGGGGACACCCUUCCUAUGGGACGACAAGUGAAGGGCUGCUGCCGCCGCCCGCUGCCCGGCCCCCCCCGAGCCUCGGCGCUUCGGCGCGGCAGCGGCAGCUGCUAAAACCUGUGCCGCUCGCACAACUUCGCCGGCUUCGAGCAUCCUCCCGCCGGGGCUCGGGGGCUCGGUUCCCCCCCGUUGCUGCCUCUUGGCGUCCGCCUGUUUGGAAGAAGCGGGGGUGGCCGAGGUGCUAUUCCUCCGUCGGCGUUUUAACCGCCUCCAGACUUAUUCUCCUCCAGACUUUCCCCUUCUGGGGGAGGGAGGUGGUUUCCUGA